AUGACGCAUCUUCUCUUCGGACAUGCUCGGGUCGGCACGCUGAAUGAGGAUCCAGGUGUGCCCAGCAACGCGUCGACAGAGGGGUCCGAAGGCUCCCUCGCCGCAGACGCCGGCUCACCGGGGGUCGCCGUCUGCUUUACCACAGACGACGGGAAGCGCAUGAUGACCACCGCUUCCGCUUGUAUCCCGCUUCCGAUAGAUCCAUCUGGUGGCCGCCCGCUCCCUUAUGCCUGUGCUGCUCCUACAUUCCCGAGCAUCAGCUUCGGCUCGUCGUCGUCGAAGAUCGCGACCGAGAACCAAUGGUCUGGCAGCAGCGGCGGCGGGUCGAGACCUCAGCCGCCAUCGCAUCGGUCACAGGCCUCCCGUUCGAACAGCUCCACGUCGGCGUCCUCCGCCAUCCAUGGCGGGCCCGGCCGCGAGGCGUACAAGACAGCGGAUGAAACUGCAUCCGCAGUGGCGUCGGAAGUAGAAGCACGUGGGGACAACGCGGGAAAUGCGCAGUGCUGCGACCCUUGGGACACGGACCCAUCCGCCGUGGAUCUGCUGCUGCUAAGGGCCGCGGAGCAGCGCAACAAAAGCCCCACCCCGGCACACGCCACCCCUGCCGCAAAAGGGGCGCCGUCCACCAACGAGAUGGCCCGCCAGCCCGUCUACGAGACGACGUUAGGUCCACGUGUCAAGCAGCGAGAACCCAACCAGGGCCCGGACCGACCGGCCCAGAGUCCCGCAAUCACCCUCCUCGGGCCGCAGCAGCAGCCGCGCGCAGGUCCACUCCACCCGGUGCGCCCUCGCCCCCGGGCCACCAGGGAGGCACCACAAGACAGCCCCCACCGCAGGACGCCCGCCGCCCGAAGCCACCACCGCACCAGGGGAGCAGCCGCAGCGCACCGGUAUUCUCCAGUACCCAGCAGCAACCAGUCCCAACAUCCCAUGGUUCCAGCAGCAGUGGCGGUGGCAAUCCCUCAAUCCCGACUUCCGCCGCCAGAGAUCACGACCCAGUGUUCAGACAAGCGUCAGCUGCCAUUAACCAGAGCCAUCCACCACCAUGGUCGCCCACCUCCGGGAACGCCCCCACCGCACCCACCGGGGCCGUCGCCGUCAAGUGCAUUACCCACCAAGGCGUCAAGGCGCUCGCCCCAGGGUCAGCGCGGCGCCCACGGCACAGCGGCCACCGCAACGAAGCGCCGCCCCAGAAUGGCUCCGACCAUGCCCUCCAGCCACCCAGAGCACCACCACCCGCGGACAGCCUCCCAAGCUACCCCUGUGACAGUCCCCGAAGGCCUGAGAAGAGGGGAAGACCGGCAGCUCGGCCCACAAAAAUCAACGGAGCAGCCUCCAAGGGAAUCUCCCCAACCCCGCCCGAAACCGACAACGCUCAGCGGCAGGACAAUCGACCGCAAACCCGCGACCAGAGCGCAAGUCAGUGCCGAACCCCCGAGGAGCUGGUUGCGCGCUGGACGGUCUUGA